AUGGCGCGGACGACGCUCCUCCUCGCCGCACCACCACCACCUGCUCUACCACACGUACUGCUCCUCCUCCUCCUCCUCCUGGGCACGGCCGCCGCCGACACCACCUCCACCACCAGCAGCACGGCCGCCGACACCACCUCCACCACCACCAGCACGGCCGCCGACACCACCUCCACCACCACCAGCAGCAGCGAACCGACGAGCGACCAACAACAGCAGCAGGCAUCGUCGCCAUCAUCAUCGUCUCCAGCAACACCAUCAUCGUCCUCUCCAGCAGGAGCAGGAGCAACACCAUCAUCGUCAUCAUCGUCCUAUCCAGCAGGAGCAGGAGCAGCAGCAACACCAGCAUCGUCUCCAGCAGGAGCAGGAGCAGCAGCAACAACAACACCAUCAUCGUCUCCAGCAGGAGCAGGACCAGCAUCGUCUCCAGCAGGAGCAGGAGCACCACCGCCCCCGCCGGGGGCGGGGUUCUACAAGGGCAUGUCCCGCGAGUUUGUGAACGAGCACAACAAGGUGCGCGCCAAGUACGACGCGCCGACGCUGGCGUGGGACAAGACGCUGGCCCUGUACGCGCGGCGGUGGGCGGCGCAGAUACAGCAGGACUGCGACCAGGCCCGGCACUCGCCGCAGGCCCAUCCGCUGGGCUACGGCGAGUGCUUCUUCGUGGGCAACAACGGCACCGCGGAGGACGCGCUGUGCAGCUGGGAGAGGGAGGAGUACAUCUACGAGAAGGGCACCAAGCACUGCACCUCCGGCCACGACUUCCGCGACUGCGGCCACUUCGUCAUCAUGAUCGAGAAGACGUACCACUUCGUCGGCUGCGGCCGCGCCCCCUGCCUCAGCGGCCCCCGCCAGGGCCAGUUCUUCAUCUCCUGCAACUACAGCGCCGUUAGGCCCAACGCCACCACCGCCGGCGCCUCCAACCCCUCCUGA